AUGCUUGCCACUCUCUAUCGCCAGGAAAUGGUCGACGAACUCCGUUCUGCUCUCGCGACAGUAGAGGCGGGCGGAGGCGACCUCGCGAGAAAGAGGCAUUCCGCAAAGGGAAAGCUUCUUGCCAGGGUCGAAGGCGUCGAGUGCAUGAUCCUGGCCAACGACGCAACCAUCAAGGGCGGCACGUACUAUCCCAUCACCGUGAAGAAACACCUGCGUGCUCAGGAAGUCGCCCAGGAGAACCGUCUGCCUUGCAUCUACUUGGUUGACUCGGGAGGGGCGUUCCUACCCAAGCAGGCCGAAGUCUUUCCCGACAGGGAGCAUUUCGGAAGAAUUUUCUUCAACCAAGCCAACAUGUCCGCGGCAGGGAUUCCCCAGGUGGCCGUCGUGAUGGGCAUCUGCACCGCCGGGGGGGCGUACGUCCCCGCCAUGUCCGACGAGACUGUCAUCGUCAACGGGACCGGGACCGUGUUCUUGGCCGGCCCCCCACUUGUCAGGGCAGCGACCGGCGAGGUCAUAUCGGCCGAAGAGCUGGGAGGGGCGGAUGCGCACACCAGGCGAGUGCCAGGAUUAGCGAUAGCCGAUUGGCUGCCGGGUGGGAGGCCCGCGGGGGGAUAUGUAUCUAAUUUGCUCUGAGAACCGAACUGCAUCUAAACGGGGUAUACAUCAGAUGCAAUCCUUGUAACGAUGGUUGCUAUUCGCGCGGCCUGCUGACUGGAGUGCCUCCCAUUGCAGUGCACACACCGUCGAUUUUCCUCACCCUCGCAGCGGUCUUUCAUCCCGCCAAUCAACGUACAACCCCAUUCAACACUUUGAUCAUU